CAAAACAGUUGGUUGAUGGUUGUCUCGCCGAUUGGUGUUUUUGCUUUUAAUUAUGGAAAUAAACAACUCAGAGUUAUACAAAUAUUACACCAUAAUAAACGAAGACGAAACUCUAAUUAAUCAGGAUGGUGAAAAUGGACAGCAGAUUGUUUUAUUGUCAUUGGAAAACGAAAAUGUUGAGCAGGAAGCUUCAAACGAAGCAUUUAUUAAUGUUAGUGAUAUAGGCUUAAAUGAAAAUCAGGCUGGAAUAAAUUACGAGACAAAAAUGAAAAUUAUUAAGUUGGAAGAUGGUAGCAUGUAUUUAGCUACCCUGGCAGAUAACACAGAAACAAUCAAACCAGAAAUAAUUACAAGCGAAACUGAAACCACUGAGUUUUUAGAGGACACUAUGGAGAUGAAUGAUAAUGCAGAAGAAAAUUAUGAAAUUAUUAAUCCAGAAGGUUUGGAUGAAAUACAAGUUUAUUACUUUGAGCAACCUGAGGAGAGUGAAACAGAAAAAAAAUAUGCUUGCCCUUAUGAUGAUUGUGAUAAGAGUUUUACAAAACCUAGAUAUUUAAAUAUGCAUAUGAGAAAUCAUUUGCAGAAAAAACCGUUUGAAUGUCCUAUAAAUAAUUGUGGUAAAUCAUUUACUACAAAUUAUUCCCGUAAAACUCACAUAAGGACUCAUACUGGGGAGAAACCAUAUGGAUGUGUAAUGUGUUUAAAACAAUUUAAGGCUGUGGGGGAUUUACAAAACCACAUAAGAAUACACACAGGUGAAAAGCCAUUUGUAUGUCCUAUAGCUGGCUGUGGGAAAUCAUUUAGUACUUCAAAUAUAAGAAAGGUCCAUGUUCGGUCACAUACUGGGGAACGACCUUAUGCAUGUACAGAACCAAAUUGUGGGAAAGCUUUUUCCUCAGCAACCAAUUACAAAAAUCAUUUAAGAAUACAUUCUGGCGAAAAACCAUUUGCUUGCAGGGUGGAAGGUUGCAAUAAACGUUUCACAGAAUAUUCCAGCUUAUACAAACAUAAAACCGCUCAUCUUGUAGAACGACCAUACGAAUGCGAAUUUGAAGGGUGCGAAAAAAAAUUUAAGGUGGAAUCAGCUUUAACUUUGCAUCAAAAGCUGAAACAUAAAUUAAUUAUGACCAAGCUUGGUACAGCGAUUAUUGUGAAUGUAUAAAAAUUAAUUUAUUAUAAAACAAAUAAAAUAACAGGGUUUCAGAAUAAUCUAUAUUUACAAUUUAAGUGGUCAUUCCUGUAAAUUUUUGUAUAUGUUACUUUGAAACAACAUGUAAACCUAUAGGUAUCACAUUUUGUUUUAUUUUAUAUACAAGGCGUCCCUGAAAUGCCUUUACAAAAUAAUUCCACAUAUUCCUGGGAUAUAACUAAAUUUACGUCUAUACUAAAGUUG